AUGACAGUUGAAAAGUUUAAUGUACCGUCAAACUUUACGCUGCUGCAAUGCCUUGAGCUUCUACAGUCAAUUGUUGCCAAUCGAUUGGAAAAUUACCAACAACAACGAGCUACACAAUCUUCGAAUGCUCACAAUCUCAACAAAAGAUACAAGCUGCUCGAUGACUUGCUAACUUAUUUGCAGGACGGAAUCCGCAGGAUAGAACGAUAUUACAACUGUAGAGAAGGUUUAUCAACAGCUGUGAAGGGGAAGGGCGAUUUACAGGUUAGUGUAGAUGAUUUGCAAAUUCUGGAACAUGAUGUUAGGUUGGCAAGGAAGGAUUGUCGCAAUCGUCUAGAGAUUAUAGAACGACAAGGUCAGAGCGGUCAUGGAAAGGGAUUGAGCAUAUCAUCGAUAUGGAGAAGCCACGGUAAGAAGGGAAAGAGCAAGGCCGAGAAGGAGGAGAAGGCAGCAACUGAGGCUGUCGAAAAGAUUAUGAAGGCCAGACAGUUGGAUGAGCAAAAAAAACUGGACGAACAGGAACGGCGGCGAAACGAGGAGGAAGCACAGAGGGAAAAGAGGAUCGAAGCAAUGGUACGACAGCAAGUCGAAUCAGAGCUGAGUUUAAAACUUCAGGAAGAAAGGAAAAGGCAGAGAAUAAGAGAGGAGGAAGAACGAAGACGAGCGCAGAACGAAACAAGAUCCGCGAGUUCAUCUCGGAGCUUCAGAGCCAGUAAUAAUGACAGGCAUAGUUUGCUUGUAAAUGGGAGACGGUCUUUGGAUAUUCGGUCUCCAGUCAGUCGAUCACUAGACGACAAUUCAGCUCAGCCAAAACGGAAAUCAUUGGACAUGCAGGAUAUCGGAAAGGCAGCACAGCUGGCCUGGAUACAGUCUCAGCCCAGUGGAUCAAGGAAUCCCGUUCGGAUGCCAACUUCGACAAGGAAGCCUCAUCGCUCACCUUCUAGAAAUCCACAAUCUCCGGCUAGCCCCAGUAUUGGCUCAAAAAAGAGGUACGAAUAUACUCAGCCUCUUGUUAAUCGCCAACAUAUCAAAGCUCCAAAAAAAACGAAUGGUUUAUCGAGAGAAGUUGCGAAAGAGACAACCGCCACUGAGGCAAAGAACAAGAAAGAAUCAGUAUCAGUAAGAAAGCCACCACCAAUUUUAGAGCCACCGCGAUCAGGGUCGAGAUCUCCAAGUUCUCCAGCUGUCCUGGAGAGAGAAGCAACUCCAGAACUUGAAAAUGAGCUGGACCAUCUGUCUCCAAUGGAGAGAAGGAUUAAGAAGGUUAUGGCGACUUUACAUGGAGUGGACGUCCAACAAUGCGAACAAAUCAAAAAUGAAAUUCUCGUUAUGAAUGAAGAAGUGCAUUGGGAUGAUAUCGCGGGAUUGAGCAGAGCUAAAAGCUCUCUCAAGGAAACUGUCGUGUAUCCAUUCCUUAGACCUGACUUAUUCAAAGGACUCCGAGAGCCUAUAAGAGGUAUGCUUUUGUUCGGACCUCCGGGAACUGGUAAAACCAUGAUUGCAAAGGCGGUUGCAACCGAAUCUAAGUCCACGUUCUUUAGCAUUAGUGCAUCCUCCCUGCUGUCCAAAUAUCUGGGCGAGUCAGAGAAAUUAGUCAAAGCAUUGUUUUAUUUGGCAAGGCGACUGGCCCCCUCCAUCAUUUUCAUUGAUGAGAUCGACUCUCUUCUAACUGCCAGAUCUGAUAACGAGAAUGAAUCCUCCAGGCGGAUCAAGACGGAACUGCUUAUACAGUGGUCAGCACUAUCUAGUGCCACGGCUCAGGAUCACGGGGACUCCGAUAGCAGAGUCCUGGUACUUGCCGCUACCAAUUUGCCCUGGGCAAUUGAUGAAGCGGCCAGGAGACGGUUUUCAAGAAGACUUUACAUCCCAUUACCAGAGUACGAGACAAGACUCUACCAUUUAAAGAAAUUGAUGUCAAGACAGAAGAACGGCCUCACCGAUACAGAUUUCGAAGUCAUAGCAGAGAUGUCUGAUGGCUUUUCUGGUUCAGACAUUACAGCUCUUGCAAAAGAGGCUGCCAUGGAACCCAUUCGAGAUUUGGGAGACAACUUAGUAGACGCAGAUUUCAACAAAAUCAGAGGUGUUAUGGUGAAGGACUUUGAGAAAGCGAUGCAAACAAUCAAGAGAAGUGUGUCACCGAGUUCCCUGCAGCAAUAUCGAGACUGGGCAGCAGGGUUCGGUAGCACUGGAGCUUGA